UGCACUCCUUUUGAAUUUUUUUUUUUUUCAUUUUGUUGGUAAAAACCUCUUUUAUUUAUCGGUUAUAGUUUACGUGUUGAUUUAGGAAAAUUUACUUUUUAUUUUUUUAGGAAUUUAGGAAAUUUACUUUAAACGUUACUUAAACGGGACUCAUUCCUCCUGCAUUUGAUUCUUGAAUUUAUUCACGUUUAUUGGGCAUUUUCCAAUAGGCAUUGUCAUUUGUUGAUUUUGCUAUUAUUUUUACCAUUGUAUUUUCAGCUCCUCCGUCCUCGCCUAACGAUGAAUUAUAUGCCUGAGUCGCCUGAGUCGUCGGCGGUGUCAGAAGUUCCGCAGCUUCGUGUUGCAUAUCAGGUAUACAGGGAGUUCCUGGUGCAUAUAGUGAACUUGCUGCCAAAAGGGUGUAUCCAAGUUGUGAACCUGUCCCUUGUGAGCAAUUUGAGACUACUUUUGAAUGUUGCAGGCUGUUGACAAGGGGCUUGUUGACCGAGCAGUUUUACCUGUUGAGAACUCCCUUGGGGGUAGUAUUCACAGGAAUUAUGAUCUUCUCUUGCGGCAUAAGCUUUAUAUAGUCGGUGAAGUAAAAGUUGUUAUUCGGCAUUGCUUAUUAGCUAACCAUAGUGUGAAAUUUGAAGACCUGAAACGUGUGUUAAGCCAUCCGCAGGCUCUUGCUCAGUGUGAGAAUACAUUGGCCAGAUUGGGAUUAGAUAGAGGUGUUGCUGAUGACACUGCUGGUUCAGCACAAUAUAUCGCGAAGUACCAGCUCAAAGACACAGGUGCCCUUGCCAGUGCCAGUGCUGCAAAAAUCUAUGGACUGAAUAUACUAGUUGAAGACAUUCAGGAUAAUUGUUAUAAUAUCACUCGAUUCAUGAUACUGGCAAGGAAGCCAAUAGCUCCAUUAACUGGUAGGCCAUUCAAGACAAGCAUUGUUUUUGCACUGGAUGAGGGACCUGGGGCACUUGUCAAAGCACUUGGUGUAUUUUCUUUGAGGCAAAUCAAUAUCACAAAGAUCGAAAGUCGUCCAAAUAGAGAUAUCAAAAGUGGAUCACUGGAGAGCUUCAACUAUCUUUUCUAUUUGGAUUUUGAAGCAUCAAUGGCUGAUAAUGUUACACAGAAUGCGAUCAAAGAUCUUGAGGAGUUUACUUCAUUGCUGAGGGUUUUCGGCAGUUAUCCAUCAGCGGAUAGCAUGACAUAAUAAUAUUGACGACUUGUAAAUUAUUUCAUUUCCCCAUUAUAUUGGGUACCAGUUUCUCCUAAUUGAGAGAACUCGUUUUUAAAUGCUUUUAUUGAUUUAAACUUGUAUGUGUUGGUGUAAUUCCCUUACCUCUCCCAUUGAUUUAAUUCAAUAUCAUGUGAAAAGGCUAGGCAACAUGUAAAAUGCAAACAUUAGUGUAUGGAAAUAAUGGCCGAUCUGUUGAGACUUGA